CCCGGAUGACAUAAAUGAGGAAAGCAGGAUUCUGUAAACAGACGCAUGGAUAUUUAUGGUGCAAUGUAACAGAAGACGUUUGACGGAUAUCUAAACAAUUACACAUUUAUCAUCUUUGACUCCAAACCUAACUAAGAAAUAUACUGAGCAAUGGCAUUGGAGAAGUUUGUGUCCAAGACUCUGGAGCUUCUACAGGAAGAGCGGGAUGCUGAAAUAGAGGAAACGAAGAUAUGGCAGGAGAACAUUUCCCCGAGGGAUCUUCAGAAUAAAGGAGUUUGCCUGCUAAAGCUACAGAUAGGUAGUCAGUCCACGGGCCUGUAUGGUCGCACCGUCGUCGUUUUGGAGCCCAGAAAGCAUCUUGGUUUUUCAUCGCUUCCGAGCAACAGCUUUGGGCCAGGCGAUAUUGUUGGCUUGUACGACACUGCCGGAUGCAGUGCGCUCUCACAGAUAUGCACAGGGAUAGUAACAAGGAUCAGCCAAGCUUCUGUCAGUGUGGCCUUUGACGACCUGAAGGAUGGAGCCAGUCUUGACUCAGAUGGUAUUUACAAUCUGUUGAAGCUGGCCAAUGAUGUUACUUACAAACGGAUGAAACGGGCCUUGAAUGCAUUAAAUGGAUACAGAAACGGACCAGCCGCCAGUUUGAUAUAUGUUCUCUUUGGAGACACGCAGCCCUCUUCUUACUCACAAUUAAAUGAGUUUGAGUUCUUUAAUUCAGAAUUGGACGAUUCCCAAAGAGAAGCUGUAUCCUUCGCUCUUGCACAGAGAGAGCUGGCUGUGAUUCAUGGACCUCCAGGCACUGGAAAAACUACCACAGUGGUGGAGUUUAUCCUGCAAGCUGUGAAACAAGGCCAGAAGGUCCUCUGCUGUGCCCCCUCAAACGUUGCUGUCGAUAAUUUAGUAGAAAGGCUAGCUCGCUGUAAAGCCAAGGUCCUGAGACUGGGUCACCCUGCCAGACUGCUGGAAUCUAUCCAGAAACACUCGUUGGACGCUGUCCUCGCUCAUAGCGACAACGCAAACAUCAUCGCUGACAUCCGGAAAGAUAUCGACAAAGCAAUAGUGGGGAUGAAGAACAAAAGUGAAAAAGGAGAGCGAGGAAACUUUAAACGUGAAAUAGGGGAGCUGAGAAAAGAGCUAAAAAACAGGGAGACAGCAGCCAUCGCUCAGAUCCUGAAGAGUGCUGAUGUUGUGUUGUCCACCAACACUGGUGCCUGUGAUGAUGGUCCUCUGAAGUUCCUGCCAGAAGAGCAUUUUGAUUGGGUGGUGAUUGAUGAGUGCGCUCAGGCCCUGGAGAGCAGCUGCUGGAUCGCUUUACUCAGAGCACGCAAGUGCAUCCUGGCUGGAGACUACAAGCAGUUACCCCCAACCAUCAAAUCACAAAGGGCAGCAGCCAAAGGCCUGUCUCUGAGUCUCAUGGAAAGACUUAUUCAGAUGUACGGGGACUCAGUGGUCCGUAUGUUAACAGUUCAGUACCGCAUGAACAGUGCUAUCAUGGAAUGGGCCUCCAAGGAGAUGUACCAUGGAAGAUUAACUGCUCACACCUCAGUGGAGGGACAUUUAUUGAAAGAUCUACCGAGCGUUGCCUGCAUCGAAGAGACGAGCACUCCACUUCUUCUGAUUGACACCGCAGGGUGUGGUCUUAGUGAAAUGGAGAUCGCAGACGAGCAGUCCAAAGGCAACCAGGGUGAGGUCGACAUUGUUGGACUGCACAUAAAGAGUUUGACUGAAGCUGGACUUAAAGCUAAAGAUAUUGCCGUUAUUGCUCCGUAUAAUCUACAAGUUGAUCUUCUGCGUCAGAAACUUUCUGCACGGCACCCAGAGCUGGAAAUAAAAUCUGUGGACGGAUUUCAGGGCCGAGAGAAAGAAGCUGUUGUACUGUCGUUAGUUCGCUCCAACAGAAAAGGUGAAGUGGGUUUUCUUGCAGAGGACAGACGAAUAAAUGUUGCCAUUACACGCGCCAGACGCCACAUUGCAGUAGUGUGCGACACGCAGACAGUUCGGAAUCACGCUUUCCUUAAAUCUCUUGUCGAUCACAUGACUGAGUUCGGUGUGGUCAGAACUGCAUUUGAGUACCUACAAGACAUAGUGCCGCAGAACUAUACCCGCGACCCGAAAGACACAAAGACCGCCACUUCCUCCACAUCGAGAAAACAGAAGAGCCAAGAUCAGGCUUCAAUUAAAGCAAAGCAAGGCCAGAAAACGACCAGCAGCACUAAGGACAAAACAGCUGGUUCACAGAAUCACACAAAGUCCCACACAUCAGCACAGAAAGAUCAAAAUGAUGGCAAGAGCAGAUAUGCUGAGAUCAGAGCCCAGGUGGAGAAUUUUAUGAAGGACGAAAGUAUGAAGAAUUUUCAUUUUCCAUCAUCAUUCAACUCCCACGAUCGCCUGCUGGUCCACCAGAUCGCUGAGGAGCUGGGCCUUGUUCAUGAGAGCAGAGGAGAGGGCGGCGACAGGUGCAUCACUGUCUCCCGGCCGGUGAAAUCCGAACCCGCAGAGGAGCCAGCGCAGGAGAAGACCCAAGAGGAAGAAACUGCUCCUGCUCCUGCUCUGCAGAGUGAGCGAUCAUCUGAACCUUUAUUAGAUCUUAAAACAUUACAUUUGGAGAGGAUGAAGAGGGAGCAGCAGAAAAGGGAAGAAAACAUCCAGCAAAAAAAGCAACAGAACAACAGUCCUGCAGCUCAGGGAACAAAAAAAUCUAAAGGAAAGAGCAAAACAAAGGCAGGUGCCUGUGACAUCGCUGCUGCCGCCGCUCCAGAUGAUGACUUUGAUGCUCUCAUCAGCGCUGUUGUGAAGGCGGACAGUGUUUGCAGUUUUGUCAAAUGUAAAACAUCUGUGUUAACACUCGGCCAGCUUUGCUUGUUCUGCAACAGGCAGUACUGUCUCAGUCAUCACAUACCAGAGGUUCACGGGUGUGGAGAUAAAGCAAAGUCUCACGCUCGGAUGAGAAUAAGCAAAGAGGGAAUCCUUUAUGCUGGGAGUGGGAAGAAAGACAAAUCUUUGGACCCUAACAAGAAAGCGUAUCUGCAAAGAAAACUGGACUCUAAGCUGAAAGAUAUGGCAUCACAAAGAAAACAGAAGAACAAGGAGGACACUUAAUGUCAUAAAAUCAGCUUGGUAGUUUAUUGAAUUUGAAGACUUGGUUCUGACUAAAUAAAAUAGCUCAAAUAUUCAA